GCUUGAGUUAUUAUUGUCAACUGCUGUGAUGGAUUUGCCACGUCUUCGACCACUAGAAAACAACUGUAAGAAAUAAACCUGAUCGAUAUUUUAAAAUGAUGAUGUGACAGUGUUCUUGGAGAAUCAACGAAACACAAAAUGCUGAGCAGGGCAUCUCAUGCAAUAGCAUUAUGUUCUAUUGCCAACUUCAUCAACUCUGCAGACAGAGUUAUCAUGCCUAUUGCUAUAGUGCCCAUGGCAGAUGAAUACAAAUGGGAUUUACAUGGACAGGGAUGGGUGCUUAGCUCCUUUGCAGUUGGGUAUAUGAGUAGCCAGGUGAUUGGUGGUAGUGGAGCAAAAAAGUAUGGGGGAAAGAUGAUGCUGACCAUAGCUGUUCUUCUCUGGUCUUUGUCAACGUUUCUUGUCCCCUUCUUUGCUCAUUCCAUUCACGCCUUAAUUCUAUCAAGAGUUCUGUUGGGACUAGGAGAAGGAUUAGGUCUACCUACAAUUUUUCACAUUUUUUCUCAUGCCAUUCCAUGUGAGGAGAGGUCAAGGGCUUUUGGCUACCUGGUUGCGUUUGGCUCAAUUGGACAAACUUUUGCCUCAGUGCUAUGCCCUCAUCUGGAUUGGGAGUGGAUGUUUUAUUUAUUCGGGUUCAUGGGUUUUGUGUGGGUAUUUCUUUGGAUGGUCAUGUACAAAGAGAUCAGGACGUCAACAGAAGAGGACUUUGUGGAUCCACCCAAGGUCAAUAAUAACAAUGUGUCCUGGCGAGAGUUCCUAUGCCAUUGGCCCCUGUGGUCCAUUUAUAUAGCUCAUUUCAGCAUGAACUGGUCCAAUUACAUAAUAAUGCAGUGGCUGCCAACAUAUAUGACUCGCACAUUGGGAGCAGAGAAAAGUCAUAUAAUGUUUACAGCGGUGCCUUAUAUCAUGAAUUCUCUAGUCGGAAUGGGCGCUGGUCAUUUUGCUGACUCCCUGAUCACAAGGGACAAGUGGACGUUGCUGUCGGUGAGAAGACUAAUGACAAGCAUAGGUCUCCUUGGACCAGGAUUAUUUAUUUUAUUUUUUAGCGCUGUGAAUAAUUUAUCCCUUGCUGUUUUCUUUGUUUCCCUGUCACUAGGAUUGAGUGCUUGUAAUUCAUCAGGACAUUUAAGUAAUCAUGCAGAGGUGGCCCCGAAUCAUGCCGGGAUCACUUUUGCCAUCUCCAACACACUGGCAACAAUUCCUGGAAUCACCUGUGGACCAUUAACAGCGGAACUUGUUCUUCAGAGUCAUGGCCGAUGGUUUCCGGUGUUUAUCAUCGCUGCCGGCGUGAACUUUGUUGGUGCUAUUAUUUACCUAAGUCAGAGUGCAGCAAGUCAAGUGCUGUAGUUAAAUAAAUGUUUGUUCAAAUAGACCAAAAGAAAAAAAAUGAUCAAAAUUCCUGAACACGAGCUUUGUAUUCCAGCCAUUUCUUGCAGUCAGCUUUGAUUAGUGCUGACAUGCUUGAGGCUUUAUUUUAGGUUGAAAGGUUAGGGUCUUUUGUUGAUAAAGUUGAUUGAUUCCAAGGGUAUUGGUUGUAUACCAUUAGUGUAUUGAAGCUUCAAAGAGAGUGAGUUCAAUUAAAAUUCUGAGGAAUAUUUUUCAUCUGUUUUAUUGUUAUAGUACAAUGUACCACGUUAAGUUGCUACCAUACUUUUCUACUGAGAUUUACACCGCAUAAUGCAAAUGAUGGCAUUCUAAAACAUUUAUAUUAAACAAUAACAUGCACAUGCAUCUUUUGGCAUCAGAAGAGGACAUGUAUGGUACACAGUACAUGUAUCUAUGACAUUUAAAUUGAAAGUGUUGUCUGCUUUCAGCUAUCAAAAAUAUAGUUUGGUGGUAAAAAACUUUGUCCAGAAAUUCUGCCUAAAGAAUUUUGUGUACCCUUUUCAAUCUCCGCCAAUUUUUUUUUCUUCAAAAAGGGAGGGGGGGGGGGUGGAAUGGAUAUAAGUACAUGUAUUAAUAUUUUUUCCAAAAAGUACAGAGGUAUUUAGUUGAUAUUUAGGAAUUUUUUUUGUACUAAAGAAUUGAAUUAUUUAUCUACUCUCUCAAUAAUAUCAAAAAUGAAAUUAAGCAACCUGGUUUGAGCGGGGUUUGGGAAUGGGGGAUAUGAAUACUUGACCUUGCAGUCAUUGGCAUGGAUUAAGCUUUUUAAAUUGAUGUAACUUUGCUUGGUAAUGUGAUAUUGUGGCAUUCAAUUGUACAGACAUUUUACUUUCUACUCGAAUGUGAUGUUAUAUAUUUUUUUGCCAAAGUUUGUAUUUGCUUAAUACAAUAUUGACACAUGUAUAUAAAUGUACAAUCAUUGUCUUAUAUUUUAUUGAUGAAGAUUAUGUGUGGUAUAAGAUACCCCCAUUAUAUGAGAUUAUAGUUAAUACUACAGUGUUUGAACAAUAUGUCUUUUUGUUGAUACCUUUGUGUAUCGUUGUUGAUUUUGUGUGAAUGAAUUGUAACGUUAACAUUCAUUGAAACAGGGUCUAGAGUGGCAUACUGAAUAUAUGUGUAUGUAACUUUAUACAUGUACAUUAUUAUGUGUGAGAAAUUGAGUAUUUUAACAUUUUUUCAAGAAUGUGGUGCAUGAAAUAAAUAUUUUGGCUGUUUCUUAUUAAAAAUGUUUUCAUUGUUUGUUUGUGUGGGGUGGUUUUUUUUUGGUUCAAUUUUUAACUUUCAUUUAUAUUUGUGAUACACAUAUUUGUUAUUAUACAUUUUGUUGCUUUAAGUUUCAGAGAGAAUUAAUGAAAAUAACUGAAUGUAGCAUUUUUUGUUUCCGUUCAUUUAUAGAUUUUUUUCAUAACUUAAAUCAUACAAAAGAAUUCAGUUAUUUGAUACGGCACUUUGUAUAAAUAUUUUACACUUAUUCACCAUUACCUUAAAUGGUUAUAUUAAGGUAUACAUGUAAAACAUUAUUUAUUUUUCAGAAUGGGGAAAGUUUGGAUUUUGGUUUUGUUUAUCUUAAAAAGCAAUAAGAUUCAUAAAUGAUUUGUAGGUUUAUGAGAUUUUUUGACAAUGAAAUACUUGACUUUUAUCAAUGAUAAACCUCUCUUGAUUUUAGGAAAAUAGAAUGUGGCCAAAUUUAAAAAAAAAAUGUAUUCCACUGACCUAAUGAGUUGCAUGUAGAAUAGGACAUUUUGUAAAUGUGAAAUAUACAUUUUAAAAAGGCAAAAGUAAAAUUACAUAUCAUUUUGAUACUCAUGGGCAUAAAAUGCAACCAUGACUGAUAAUGUUGAGCUUUUAUUCAGUGUGCUGUUUUUGUUUUAAAGGGAAUUGAACAUGAUGUUGAAAGAGGAUGAAAGAAAUGUUUUUGUUGUAAUAUUGAAAUGUCAUGAUAAAAUAAAAUGUGAUAUAUCUCA